AUGCAGAGUUGUGCAGUGGAGCAGGGCUUCUUGCUGUAUCCACCCUUUCCCAUGCCCGAAGUUGUUUCUAGGAAGUCUUCUGCCUUAUUGGAGUCUUUUAACAUGGUGAUAUGCUCCUUGGAGAUCCUUGCUGGAGAAAGCAUUCCUGAAUUUAUGGAAAAACCUUGUCUGCUGGCAACACCUGAAGGAGACAAAGCAAUAUUCUGAGCUAAAGUUAAAAGUAAACCAAAGCCUAAUGCAACAUGGAAAAGAAAGAAUGAUACAGAUAACUACAAGUGUGUAGUGUCCAACCACACCGAUGCCAUCUACACAGUAUCCUUGAUCAUGACUAAAGUUAAGCUCGAGAGGUCUGCCUUGACUAAAAAUAAUGAUAUGAAGCAUAUGGGUAUGCAAUAUAUCCUGUGCAUCACCAAUGUGAAUGGGAAAGACCUAGGCACCUACAGUCUUCUUGUGGCUGACAAACUCUCUGUUAUGCUGAGAGUGAUAGAACUGAAACCACUGAAAGUGCCUGAAAGACAGACAGCAGUGUUUGGAAUCUGCCUGCCAAAGAAAGUGCAAAACUUCACCUAGAAGUUCAAUGGGAAAGGGUUGAAGUGGGGUGAUAAGUAUGAAAUCAUCACGUCUGAUGAUGGAUUGGCCCACACUAUGAAAAUUAAGGGUGUUCUGUCUAGUGACUUGAAAGAACUCAAUGUUGAGACUGGAGAUCUAGUGCAGAACACUCCACUCUUCAUUGAUCGGGUUCCAGUUCAGUUCGUCAGCAAUCUCAAGAACACCCAAGUGAAAAAGAAGGGAAAAGCCUGCCUGGAAUGUGUGCUGACUUCUGAAGAUGUCACCCUGAAAGGGAUGUAGAAUGGAUGAGUGAUUGAGAGGUCUCCUCAGUACAUCAUGAAGCAUGAAGGAAAGAGAGCAGUGCUUAUCAUUAAUGCUGCUGAGCUGAGUGACUCAGGAGAUUGCACAGCCAUCACAUUUGCAACCAUGAAGAAUGUGUGUGACGUUCAUGCUCUAACUGGGGAUCCUGCCGAGCAUUGUGUUGUCCUGAACGACACGAAGGUGGAAGGAAUACGGCUUAAUGAUGGCAAAUAGAUUACGGACAUGAAAAGGAUCUGUGUAGUGAAGCAGGGAGCCAUCCGCAAACUCAUCAUUGACAGAAUGGGAGAGGAGCAUGAAAGGAGGUACACGUUCAGAGCCAAAGGGGGAGAGAGUGGAGCAACAGUUGCCACUAGAGAUUCUCCUGUUAUUGAAGAAUCUGUCCUCGAGCUUGUUGCUGCACACAGCGUUACUGUGAAGACUAAGCAUACAACAAGCAUCAAUGUGCCUUUCAAGGCAAAGCCAGUGGCCAAAGUCACAUGGUUCAAAGAUGGCAUUGAGGUGACAUAGGAAGAGAAAGUGGUGAUGGAGAAAGCCAGUGACUGCGUUACAAUCAAAAUCUGUCCCUCCAUGUCACUCUGGUCAGCUGCUCACACUGCAGACAAACUAAAACCCCCACAGGGGAAAGCAGAGUUCCUCUACACAUGGGGAAAAUGUAAAAUGAGAUGGAAAGCACCCAAAGGCAAUGGAGGAAAGCAGGUGACUCACUUUGUCAUCAAGAGGAGGGUGGCUGGAAAAAAAUCGUGGAUCAAAGUAGUGGUGGUGGAGAGCAACUACACCACAUUUGCUAUGGAGAAGGUGGAGGAAGGAAAAGCCUACUAAUUCAGAAUACGUGCCAUCAACUCUGAGGGCUUCAUCGAGCCCCUGGAAACAGAAGAAAUUUUUGCUGGAGAACCUGUUAAGCCUCUGAGACAGGUGUGUCAGCCUCAAGUUGUAGAUGUCAGGAAAGAAGCUGUCACCAUCACCUGGAACGCCCCAGUCCAGGAUGGAGGCUCCCCAGUGCAAGGUUACCCCAUAGAAAAAAGGAAGAAGGGCAGCAAUCUUUGUGUCCCAAUCACCAAGGAGCCAGUCCCAAAGGAGAGAGAUAUGAAAAUGGAGCAGACCACUGGAGAAGUAAAGGUACCAGAUUCAAAGUGGACCAUUUUCUGGAGGAUACAGAAUGAGUUCCAUGUGAUAGCUGUGAACCGUGCAGGCCCUGGACUUCUCAGUAUGCCCUCAACUUCCAUUGCAAAGGAUCCCAUCAAGCCUCCAGGACUGCUGAAGGUGGUGGAUUUUUCCAACUCCAGCAUUUCCUUAGCCUGGCAGGAGCCAGACCAGGGAGAUGUGCUGUCAGGAUACAUACUAGAGACGUGAGCUGAGGACACCAAGAAAUGGACGAAAUGCACCAAGAUCCCUCUCUGUAGUACCACUUACACUGUGGGAGGCUUGCAGGGGAGCAAAUACUACUUCUGAACCCGAGCUGUGAAUGAAGCUGGUAUGGGAGAAGCAGUGGAGUUACAGGAAGGAAUUCUAGCAAUGCCACUUUCAGAUACUCCCAGGUUUGACCUGACUGUGAGGCUGAAGAGCCACAUGGUGGUUUGUGCUGGGACAGCACCAAGCAUUCAUACAUCUUUCCCUGGCUCCCCACCACCACCAGUGAUGUGGCAAAAAGAAAUCAUAUCAACAAGAGGGAGGACAAGAACCAUUCCCAGCCUUAUUCACAGCACCAAGCAAUUUGUUUCUGACCUGCACCAGACUAUCCUCAAGAAUAGUUACAGAGAAGUCCUUUACAACAUUCAAAAGCAAGUUACAGAUUUCCCCUGACCACCCACUAAUCUGCAGCUGGUUGAAGAAGUCCCAAACACUGUGACCCUAAAUCAUAGCUCAGGUGUGGAAGACAGCUAGCAGACUGAUUAUGGUGUCCUGAAAUGUGAUGUCAGUGCCGCCGCGUGGUUCACAGCCGCAGAGAACGUCUACAGCAAUAAGCCCACUGUCACAGGCCUGCUCCCAGGGAGGAAAUACUUUUUCUGAGUCAUUGUCUGCAAUGAAACUGGGGACACUGACCCUCUGGAUUCACAGGAGCAGUGGUACAUGUCCAAAGACAGAGGCCUAAUCAGUAAUAAGGAUGUCUCGUUAGCAGUACUCCCAAACAAAACUGAACAUGCCCCAGCUCAUCAAAUCAAAAUGAAGACUGUCUUGAUGGUGCUGGCUCUGUGUUUGCAUGUGCGCAUGUGCAACAGACAGUGCAGUGUGAAGCAUCCCAUAGUGACGCUGUCCUCAGCAGAGUGUUUUGACUUCAAGAUGGAGUAUCCCAGGAAGGACUGUGCUUCCUGUUUCAUUGCCCUACUGAAGAACCACAGCAUGAGUCAUGGCAACGACUGCGCCACGAGCUGUGCUUUCAUCAGCAACCCCCACCCAACAGUGACCCUGUACAAGGGCAAUAUUAGCAUCGCAUCCAAGUCUAAGUUGUGGUUCAACUCAACAAGUAACAUCUGUCUGCUUAUGAUGCCUACAACUUGCAGCUGCAAGCUGAUCAUCGGUGAGAAAGGCCCUGGUGCCUCAGGACCUGUUGGUGUUCUCUUAAAGGGAACAUGA